AUGUCCACUGGCAAGGAGGCUUCCGUGCCGAGUGACGCGGCGGCCACGGACAGACUCAACGGCAGCGUCGGCGCCGCUCCCAAGCGGCCACGCGACAGCGAGGGCGUGGAGCGCUACGGCGGACCUGCUUCAAACCCCAGGACGGAGGCGCUGAGCGAGAUCCUGGGCUGCGCGCACGCGCAUGGCUGCUGCGAGAGCUCGGAGGCGGAGCUUGCUCGACGAGAGCUGCUCGAGCUCGUCACUGCGCCCGACGCUGACGGCAUUUGGAAUAUGACUCGGGCGAGGAUGCGUCAGCACGAGUACUAUUUCAUCGUGCAGCGCAAACUGGCUCGCCACUACUGUUGGCUGGAGCUCCUCUCCCGCCCGACGUCGGUGAUGGCGCAUGACAGGCGAUCACUGUACGCAUCGUGCGCCUUCCUGUGUGUGUCUCCGCAGAGCCGCUGCUGGGCGGUGUCGGCCGCGCGCCUCCCGGGUUACAAUCGCCGCGCGCACACGACACGCGACAGCCUCGACACCGACAGGAGAGAGUUUGACUCAAAGAUGGUCGCGCGUCAGGCCAGGGGGCAAGGCGCAAGCGUCCCCCUGGUGGCGGCGCAGGGAAACGCGGAGGUGGCCAGCGGUGGCGGAGACGCGAGCGUUUCGCACGCCGCGAAGCGGCCGAUCCAGCUGCCCGCCUGCCACGCCGCCGACGAGGCGGCGCACGAGUCGACGCUCUUCUCGAUGGAGAGCUAG